AGGCCACUGGGUUGACACAACAGAUGUAGGGUAGUUUUCUACUUACCUAGGGAAAUUAUGUUCCUCAGGGUUCUCUUGACUAUGUCUGUAGACAUCUUUGGUUGGUACACGCAGGGGAUACUGUAUAGUAGAGACUGUAGAUACCGCUGAAAACCCCCGUAGCACAUCACCCCCGUCAGAGUUAUCUGGCCCCAGGUGCCAAUAAUGUCAAGUUCUACAGAAACAGUAGCCUAGACUGAGAUGAUGAAGAGCAGACAGACGUAGAUGUGUGGGUGGUGGAGGGAGGGAGGGGAAGUGCAUGGCUGGCAUAAUUGCGUAGACAGUGGAGCUUGACUGUGUUUAAGAAGAUCUUACACUACUACCUCCUAGAAUGGCCUCUGUCUUUGAACAGGUCAACCACUGUUACUCCUACCAAGUAGCAUGAAUUUCAAAGGCAUUAUGCUAGUUGAAUAAAAGCCAGUCUUAAAAGGUUACUUUCUGUUUGGUUCCAGAAUGUCCCAUUGUAGAGUGAGAAAAUGAGAACAAGAUUGGUGAUUGGUUGCUCAGGCUUAUGUUUGGUGGGGACAUGACAAAGGAGCAGCAGGAAGGAGUUUCUUGGAGGGAUGGAACACUUCUGUAUAGUGAUGGUGAUAUUCAGUCUUGUACUGUGACUGGAGAAAGAUGAUGGAAGAGAGCGGGAUAGAGACUACGCCCCCCGGGACACCGCCCCCGCACCCUGUCGGCCUGGCCGCAGUGUCCUCUUCGUCCAUUCCUCUAGCUGCAGCCAGUUCUUUCCCAUCUCCAAGUGUGUCCUCCCUGGAGCCCUCACCUCCGCAGGCACACUCCACUCCUCAGCCGUCCCUGCCUCCUCUGCGGCCGUCAGCGCCACUGCCCUUUGUGCCCGCGGCACCAGCUGCGCCUGUCCCAGCCCAUGUUCCCUCUGUGCCCCCUUCUGCUCCUCCACCAGCUGCUGCUGCCUUCAGCGCCCCUCCCUCAGCUUACUUCCCGCCUUCCACCUCCGCUCCGGGCCCUGCGCCAUCUGCACCCUCUUCCGGUCCUCCGACAUCAGGGUUUUCUGUAGGCACGACCUAUGACAUCACAAGGGGGCAUGCAGGAAGAGCUCCCCAGACGCCUCUCAUGCCAUCCUUUUCUGCACCUCCAGUAACGGGUAUGCUGCCGGCUCCUAUUACUCAGCAAGCCAGCAUGGCUUCUCUGGCACAGGGAAGCACCUCAGCCAUCACUUUCCCAGAGGAGCAGGACGAUCCUAGAAUUCAUAGAGUUCCCGACGAAGCAUCUGGUGGUGGAAUCUGGGGUUUCAUCAAGGGUGUGGCUGGGAAUCCUAUGGUGAAAUCUGUGCUUGAUAAGACGAAGCAUUCAGUUGAAAGCAUGAUUACAACGCUGGACCCUGGCAUGGCCCCAUAUAUCAAGUCUGGGGGUGAGCUGGACAUUGUAGUGACAUCAAAUAAAGAAGUCAAAGUGGCUGCUGUGCGUGAUGCUUUCCAGGAGGUCUUCGGCUUAGCUGUGGUAGUCGGGGAAGCUGGACAGUCCAACAUAGCUCCACAGCCGGUGGGCUAUGCAGCUGGGCUGAAAGGUGCCCAGGAGCGCAUUGAUAGCUUGCGCCGAACUGGAGUGAUCCAUGCCAAGCAGACUGCUGUGUCGGUGGAAAAUUUCAUUGCAGAGUUGCUGCCUGACAAGUGGUUUGACAUUGGGUGUUUGGUGGUUGAAGACCCUGUGCAUGGUAUUCGUCUGGAAACUUUUACUCAAGCCACACCAGUGCCUUUGGAGUUUGUGCAGCAGGCUCAAAGUCUCACUCCCCAGGACUAUAAUCUAAGGUGGUCAGGCCUUUUGGUGACAGUGGGCGAAGUCCUGGAGAAGAGUUUGGUAAAUGUCAGUCGGACUGAUUGGCACUUGGCGUUCACUGGCAUGUCUCGCCGACAGAUGAUCUACAGUGCAGCCAAAGCCAUCGCUGGCAUGUACAAGCAGCGCCUACCACCCAGAACCGCCUGAGAGAUGGCCUCAUUGACGGCCAAGACUGCCCUUGCUUUCAGCUUCAUGUAAAGAAGAUACGUUAUCUUCCUCAGCUAAACAGCUUCAGUGAAUCUGGAAGGCUUUAGAGGUUUCCUGUAGGCUGCAUUAUUAUUAUUACUUUUUCUGUAAGGGUUUGGUGUCAUUCCUUCAGAGAAAAGAAAAGAGAUCCUUUUUACAAUCAUAAUUUUACAUAGUUCCUCAAAAAUAUGCAGGUAUAUUUAUGACACAAUUUUUAAUAUACUGGAUUUAUUAAAUGGAACUUGCUAUGUAAACAUUUAAUUUAAUGAUGCAUACUAGAUUAUUUUGCUGAACAGUAUGCUCAAGAAUUGACCCUAAGACACCUACCUGUAGACAUGUACAUUUCUGUGUGCCUUUUACACAGUGAGCCAGAAUGACAAAAAUCAAUCAUUUCUCUCUGGUCAUCAUCAUGUGCUUGUAUUACCUAGAAAAGUAUACCUGUUCCUUUUGUAAAAAUAAUUUUUCUAGUUUACAGAUUUCUACUGCAAACAUUGGAGUUAGACAUUAUUUUUCUCGUUGCUGUGUCACAAAGGAUAAAUAGUCCCGUGUAUUUUAGAUCAGAAGUAUUCAUGUUAUUUUUGUAUAACACUAUUCGGUACUUCCAAGAAAAACUCCCAGCUGCUGCCACUCAUGUUCUCCAAAGAACAGAAGAGGGGUUACCUUGUUGCUGUGCCUCUUUUAGUUAGGAUUGCUUUUAAGUUUGACUCAAGAUACCACUUUUCUAACUUUGUGCUGUUCUGUCUUUAUUUUUUAUGGAUGUUUUUCAAAGAAACUUUUAUAUUGAAUCUGGUUUAUUUGAUCUAUUAUGUUUGUACUGAAUGAUAGCUAUUUCUUCCCUCAAAUAAUAUAUUUUACCACUUUUGGACUUAAUUUGGACUCAAAAUUAAUUAAAUGUUCUUUCUUAUACAGUU